AUGAUUUAAUCUGAUAUUUAUGAUAUUGAAGCUUAUAUGCAAAUUGGAUAAGGUUAUCACAUCUUAUUUAUUAUUUAUUCUAGAUGGAUAUGAAUUCUUGAAAAAAAUUGCUCCCUUGACUCCAGAAAAUCAUUGGUAACUAUUUUCAGAAGAUGAUGGAUUUAAAAUUCAUAUACGUCCUGAUCCAGAUACUGGACUAUGUUUAACAAGAGGAGAAGGCUUAUUACCAUAUACCAUUGAUGAAAUAUUUGCCAUUAUUGAAGAUAUACCAUUGAGACCUAAAUAUGAUGGAAUCUGUGAAUCUGUAUAAUCAUUACAUCAAACUAGGGUUAAAUCAUUAAGCGAUUCUCUGAUGAACUCAUGCUAUUCUAUUAAAAAUUUAAAUCCAUGUUUUUUGUUAUCAGCUCUAGAGAUUUUAUUGUGAUUUCAAGAAAAAUCGUUGAUGGAAAUUUUACUUAUGCCAUAGGAAAAUCAUUAGAACAUCCUAAUCAUCCUCCAAUUAAAGGUGUUGUAAGAGGUGAUCUCAAAAUUGGAGGAUGGAUCCUUGAAAAAAGAGAAACAGUAUCUAUUCUAUAUAAUUAGGGUACAUUUUGUAUAUUUGUUACUUGGGCUGAUCCUAAAGGAAUGCUACCUAAAAAAGCAGUCAAUAUUGUUGCUGGGGCUCAAGGAAAAGUAGUAUAACAAAUUAAAUUACUUUUAGAUGAAAAAAAGAAGAAUGUAAAUAAAUGA